AUGGCAUCUCCACGAUCCCUCGCCGUACGCCGCCUCGCCCUCGUGCGCCCCCUCCCCAGAGCCGCCGCAUCUCCCGCGGCGCGGCAGGUGAGGUGGGUCACGCAGAAGCCCGAAGACGGCGACAUCGGCGGCCCGGGCGGCCAGGAGGCCGUGCCGCCCAACAGCGGACUCUCGCAGAGCUGGCCGACGUUGGCAGCGAUCGGGGCCGUGGGACUGGGACUGGGGGGCUACCUCGUCCACCUGACGGGCAAGUCCAAGGGGCAGGGCAAGUACACGGAGAAGGGGGAUCUCGAUAAGCUGGCCGAGAGUGUCACGUCGAGGAAGUGA